AGAGAAUGAGAAGAGAGGGAAAUAAGAAACAGAUUUGUGUAAUCUUGGUGAGUUGUGACUCUUCUGUCUCCAUACAGUGAGGUUGUUGUAUUGGAGGUAGAUGUGAACUCUUUAGAAAGAUUUCAGAUGUUGAUUCAACAGGACUUGAAUGUUUUUAGAAAAUGGUUCCCUCUGGAUUCUGCCAUUUGGAGGCUGUUUACAGCUACCUUUAAUUAGGAUUUGACAUCAUCCUUACAGUGCUAUCAAUAUAAUGAUCAUAGGUUUGAUUGAAGGAAAUUCUUGAACUGAAGAUAAAUACUGUGGUAUACAAUGAAGGUAUGGUGAUAAAGGCUCUUCUAUAAUUUAUGUUGCUGUGUUGCCCCCUUUUGACAAUCUACUAACAUCCCACCUAUGACACUUUGACCUGGUUUCACACAGACAAGGCUUCAGCAAACUCCAGACUAAACGAUUUCAGCCAUUGUUUUUGUCAUACUGCAUACCAGGCUCCUGUUUUUUUUCUGAGACACAUUUAAACUAAAAGCUUUAAUGUCAUCAUUUAACUAAAGCUCAAUCUCUGUGUGUAAAACCAGGCUAUGCCUUUUAAACAAUAUAGUAGCCUAUGUUUGUUUUAAUGCAUUCAUUUUAAAUGUUGUUUGAUCAAUUAUCUAUUGUUUAAACGUGUCUUUACUUUUUUCUAUUUCAAAUGUUAAUUGUAUGCGUAAAUAUCUCACCACUCUGGCUUGAAUGCUCAAUCAAUUAUGACACACAUCAGAAGGAUUUAAUCUGUUAUUUUCCUAAGGAAUUAUUAAACCCCAAAAAAAUAAUUCAUAAAUAAAGGCAGAGCAUUAUCACACUGUUAUUCAGACUGUGACAUUAUGUGUGAGACUGCCAUUUAGUGAACUUGUUUAUUAUAUGACUGACACGCCUGUUUGCACACGUUUCAUAAACUCAACCAGGAAAUUCUUGAGUUCAGGGAAACUGAAACUGUUGGGCUGUUGUGUGUUUCGUCUUCUUUCUGUGAGUACAUACGGUGAAAUGGCAGAAGCCAGUAUUUCAGUGGUUCCGGACCGGUUUAUCUGUUCAAUCUGUCUGGAUCUACUGAAGGAUCCAGUGACCAUUCCCUGUGGACACAGUUACUGUAUGAGCUGUAUUACAGACUGCUGGGAUCAGAAGAGAAACUACAGCUGCCCUCAGUGCAGACAGACUUUUACUACAAGACCUGAUUUAGGUAAAAACACCAUGCUGGAUGAAGUGGUAGAGAAACUGAAGAAGACAAAACUACAACCUGCUGCCACUGGACGACUUCAGCAGAUGAUCUGCCCUCAACAUGAGAAACCUUUAGAGAUUUACUGUAAAACUGAUCAGCUCUGUAUAUGUUAUCUGUGUAUUGUGGGAAAGCACAAGAAUCACAACACUAUACCAGCUAAAGAAGAGAGGACUAAGAAACAGAAAGAACUGAAGAAGACACAGAGAAAAUACCAGCAGAGAAUCCAGGAGAGUCAGAAGAAGCUUCAGGAGCUGAGAGAUGCUGUGGAGACUCAUAAGCGCUCUGCACAGACAGCAGUGGAUGACACUGAGAGGAUCCGAUCCAUUGAGAGAAGACGAUCUGAGGUGACACAGCUGAUCAGAGAUCAGGAAAAGACUGCAGUGAGUGAAGCUGAAGGACUCUUGAAGCGACUGGAGCAGGAGAUUGAUGAUCUGAGGAGGAGAGACGCUGAGCUGGAGCAGCUUUCACACACAGAUGAUCACAUCCAUUUCCUCCAGAGUUUUCAGUCUCUCUCUGUUCCUCCUGGAUCUUCAGACUCACUCACUUUUGAUGAUGUAGGAAAAUCUGUGUCUCAUCUGAGAGAGAAACUGGAGGAUUUCUGUAAAGAAGAGAUAGAAAAGAUAUUUGAUAAAAGUAAAGCACUUGCACCUGAGACCAGGGAGCAGUUCCUAAAAUAUUAUCAUCACUUCACUGCAGAUCCAAACACAGCACAUAAACAUCUCUGUCUGUAUGAGGGGAACAAAGUGAUUACUAAAACUAACACAGUCCAGCCAUAUCCUCAUCAUCCAGACAGAUUUACUGGUUAUCCUCAGGUGUUGUGUAGUGAGAGUGUGAGUGGACGCUGUUACUGGGAGGUUGAGUGGAGAGGUAAUGUGGAUAUAUCAGUGUCAUAUAAGAGCAUCAGCAGGAAGGGAGAGGGUGAUGAGUGUUUGUUUGGAUUUAAUGAUCAGUCCUGGAGUUUGUGCUGCUGUAACUCCAGAUAUUUAUUCAGGCACAAUAAGAUUGUCACUAAACUCCCUGUAGUGUCCAGAUCUUCUAGAAUAGGAGUUUAUGUGGAUCACAGUUCAGGAUCUCUGUCCUUCUACAGCGUCUCUGACACAAUGACCCUCAUCCACAGAGUCAACACCACAUUCACUAAACCUCUCUAUCCUGGGUUUUAUGUUGAUCUUGGAUCAGUGAAACUGUGUGAUAUAACAAUAUAGAUGAACAGAGAGUCUACAAUUAUAUUGUUACAUACAUUGAACUCAAAAGUGUAUAGAAAUCUUCACACUGCAUCUAGUAAUGAUUGUAAAGUAAACAGGACUAUAAAGUCAUCAAUGACUAUAACAGCACAAACAUCAUCUCACUGUUUAUAUGUUUUUCCAUGCAGGAUUGCGUCACAUUCAAUGACCCCGCUGUGUAGAUUUAUUGUGCAAAUGUUUAUUAUAAAUUCACUGAUAUUUUAGAAACUAAAAAUAGUAAAUACUGCAGUAGUACUUUAUGUUAGCUCUAGUGCUGUUUGAAUGUUUUUCUUACAGCACUUUGUUGUAUUUUGUUGCUUUAUUCAGUAAAUUUUUGUAUUGAUGGUUAAACUGAGUCUCUCAUUCAGUCUUGUGUUUAUUUUUGGACUCUUGAUUUAUCAGCAGAUUCAGGUGAAUGUAACCGCUUGAUAAACACAAAUGUAGAUGUGUCUGUAUGAUGCUGUCACAUAGUGGAUGUGUUUAUUUUCUCAUUGACAUCUGUUUGUACAACAGUGUUGCUAUUGUCAGUAUAU